CAGUCGCAGCAAUGCUGACCCAUGCUAAGCCUAAUGUUGUGGUGGUGGACAUGGAUGCCGCGGCCCUGAGGGGGGCGCCGUGGAGGGCGCUCGUGGCGGCGGCGAGGGGCGUGGGGGUCAGGCUGGUGCUCCGCCCCCACGACGUCUACGUGCCUCACGACGACCUCCUCCAGCCGCUGCACGGCAGCGGGGUGAGGCUGAUGAGGUUCGAAGGCUGCGUGGGCCCCGCUGGCGUCCCCAGCCUCGCCUCAUGCGUGGCCCGCGGCGCUUGGCUCGACAUCCACAUGGCGGCGCCCCUGGACCUCAGCGCCCUCGGGGGGACAUACAAGGGCUUCUGGGUGUACACGCGCCCCCUCCCGCCCUCUGGCCCCUCCUCCCCCACGUGGCCGCUGCCCCCAUCCCCCCUGCCAUCGCUGUACGUGGAGGGGCCGGAUGAGGGGUCCUGGGGGGCCGUGGCCCACACCAUCACCUCCCUCGCCCCCCAUGGCAAGAGGUUUUUCGUGCUGGCGCUGCGGGGCUCCAGGCUGAGCGCCGCGCAGCUGCCGCCGCUGCUGCGGGCGCUGAGGGGCGAGGGCAUCACGACGCUCGACGUGGGCGACACGCACGCCGAGGUUAACAGGCAUUCCAUAUUUAAUAUCAUGGAUAUGUAUUCCAUUACAGGUCUCUGUGUGCAUCCUUUUGUUUUGCUUGGCACUCAAUGUGUUCACAUAAUUCUAACCGAACACUACCCCUGGCACGACGCUCGUAGCCAGUGUGGACUGGUCGGUGGGGACCUGAUUGUUUUCGACGACUGCGAGCAGUACCACAAGGUUUCCCUUUACCUCGCUGAACAAGAAUACCAAGACUUUUGGCUCGGGGGCUCAGAUGAGGCCGAGGAAGGGCAGUGGCGCUGGGUUGACGGUUCACCGAUGGCCAUGGGGCUGUCUUACUGGGCUAAUGCUGUCACUGGGGAGUCAGAACCCAACAAACCUGGAGUGGAGAACUGCCUGGAGCUGAGCUGCGUGUGGAUGUACCGCUUCAGCAACACGCUGUGCAGUAACGUGCGACGGGUGAUAUGUGAGGCAGACCCCAUCUAGAGGAGUGAUGUAAAGGCCCCAUCUAGAGGAGUGAUGUUCUUGCUCCAUCUAGAGGAGUGAUAUAUAUGCCCCAACUAGAGGAGUGAUGUAUAUGCCCCAUCUAGAGGAGUGAUGUAUAUGCCCCAACUAGAGGAGUGAUGUAUAUCAUCAGUAGAUGCCCCAUCUAGAGGAGAGAUGUACAUACAUGCCCCAUCUAGAGGAGUGAUGUAUGUCAUCAGUAGAAGCCCCAUCGAGAGGAUUGACGUAUAUGCCCCAACUAGAGGAGUGAUGUAUAUCCCCAUCUAGAGGAGGAGGAGUACCUAAGUCCCAUCUAGGAGGGGUACUGUUCAUGGCCCAUCUAGAGGAGUGCUGUUCAUGUCCCAUCUAGAGGGGUGCUGUUCAUGUCCCAUCUAGGAGGGGUGCUGUUCAUGGCCCAUCUAGAGGAGUGCUGUUCAUGUCCCAGCUAGAGGGGUGCUGUUCAUGUCCCAUCUAGAGGGGUGUUGUUCAUGUCCCAUCUAGAGGUGUGCUGUUCAUGGCCCAGCUAGA